AUGUACGCGAUGCCAAGGGUACGCCAAAGGAAGACUACGAGAGGCCAGGCUGACUUAUCGACUUAUAAACAAGCUUAUGAAGAUGUGAAAGCGGGAUCUUCUUUAAGAACAGCGGCAGAAAAGAAUGGGCUGAACCACUGUUCCCUGUUUAGAUACGUACGUAAACGAGAUGCGGCUGGUGGUGAUGAAAAUCAAGAAGUGGGAUAUAAGGCUCACAAUCGAGUGUUUAACCAAGAACAAGAACGUGAGCUUUCUAAUUAUUUAACUAGAUGUGCAGAUAUCUAUUUUGGCCUAACUAAAAAGGAUGUCAGGAAAUUGGCAUACGAACUAACAAUCAAGUACGACUUAUCACGACCUCGGACAUGGGAUGACAACGAAAUGGCUGGCGACGAAUGGUUUCGAAUGUUUAUGAGAAGAAAUUCCGGACUUUCAGUACGUGUAGCACAGGCUACAAGUCUUUCUAGGGCGACUAGCUUUAAUAGAAAUAAUGUAGAUGCUUUUUACGACAAUUUGAGUACUGUUAUGGACCGUUAUAAGUUUGAGCCACAAAAUAUAUAUAAUGUUGAUGAGACUGGCAUCACUACUGUGCAAAAACCCGACAGAGUAAUAGCUAGACGUGGUGCUCGCCAAGUAGGUUCAGUGACUUCAGACAGACCAAAUCCUCUAAAUACGAAUACAAAUGAGGCAGCUGAUGGCCAUAUUCAGAAUACUUACACACCUGAGGAUAAAACACCAACACCAUCACCUUCUGAACUACCAGAAAUGUCGGAGGAGCUUUCUAAUACAGCUCUUUCUGUACAACAACUGACUGCAAAUAUGUCACAGUGUUCACAAGUCCCAGACAGACAACAGGAAAAUAUUACUGCAGAUCCAGAACCUUUGAUUACAUUACCCGGACAUCAAAGUACUGAUAUUGUUCAGCAAAUUUCACCAAAACCCUCUACAAGUUCUCAAUCCAUUCCUGUCUUGUCAAAUCAAACGAAAAAUAUCCCGUCUCCGAGUACAACACUUUUGUUUUCACCGGAAGCAGUACGACCACUACCAAAAGCUCCUCCAAGGAAAUCAACAAACAGGGGGCGAAAAACCAGAAAAUCCACAAUAUACACCGAUACACCUGAGAAAGAAGAGAUAAGAAGAGAACAUGAAAACAGAUUGAAACGAACCAAAGCUAAGCAAGUUAAGAAAAGAUUAGAUGGAGAGGAAAAGACGAAAAGAAAUGUUAGAAACAGAAAAAAAAAUAUCACGCAAGAUGAAUCAUCAGAAGAAGAGGAAUACUACUGUCUUGUUUGUGUGUCAGCAUAUUCAGAAAGCAGACCGAGGGAAAAGUGGAUACAAUGCACAGAAUGUAAAAUGUGGGCGCAUGAAGAGUGCACAAAAGGUUAUGUUAACAUUUUCGCGUUUCCUCUUAUAUUUUACGUGAUUACAAUGUCUAGCAGUGAAAGUUCGGAUACGGAAAUGAUCGAUCGUAAAAGAAAAAAAGGAUGUCCUGAAACAUGGAAGAGAAAUGAAAGGAAGAAAGCUCGUCUUCUUGGAAGCCAAUACACAACUAAAACUGGGAAAAUAGUCAGCAAAAGGGAGGUUAAAGCAGAUUGCACAUGUAAAAACAAAUGCAUGACUAAAUUUACGAUGGAAGAAAAAGAAGCUGUUUUGAGGGCAUUAUACGAGAAAGGUUCAAAAAACCAACAAGAUGUCUAUUUACAUGGGUUAAUGGAAUGUAAACCAGUCGUUAGGAAGCGACCAAAUAAAGAGGCCAGAGAAAAACUUAGGACAGCGAGUUUUUCUUAUUACAUACGAAAACCUUUAGAGAAACAACGUGUUUGCAAAACAGCCUUUCUUAAUCUACAUUCAAUCUCGAACUCUAGACUACAACGACUAAAUAGAUUGUUCGUGUCUCAGAGUUCACCUAGAGAUUUACGUGGUACGCAUAAUAAUCGACCUCAUACAUUACAACCUCAGGUUACUUCCAAAAUCCAUCAUCACAUUGAAUCGUUUCCACGAAGGACUUCUCACUACAGCUCUAAAGAAAUUCACUAUCUUGAUUCAAAUCUUAACGUUAAGACUAUGUAUAAUCUCUUUGUAAAAUUACACCCGGAAUUAACAAAGAUAGUUGAAUAUGAAUUUUACUUAGAAUUCUUUAAAGAGAAUUUUGCAUUAAAAUUCGGGAGGCCUCAAGUAGAUGUAUGUGGACAAUGCGAGGAAUUAACAACAAAACUUAAGGAUUCAAAUUUAAACGACAACGCUAAGAGAGUUGCUGCUGCCGAAUUAAUGGUUCAUAAGCGUCGAGCUAAAAAAUUUUACUCAAAGCUAAAGGAAGUCACUGAUCUGUGCCAUGAACGAGAAGAUGUUGGUGGAAUAGUUUUUGACUAUGUUCAAAAUAUGCCUCUGCCUGUUAUACCUGUCCAGGAAAUUUUUUAUUACAGGCAACUAUGGCUAUAUGGGUUUGAAAUACACGAUUUAAAAAAUGAUACUGGACAUUUUUAUACAUACCAUGAGGGACAAGCCGCGAAGGGACCCAAUGAGGUAUGCACGUUUAUCAAUGAUUAUGUGCCGAAAAUGCCAGCGGAGAUUCAAGAGCUGCACAUAUUUUCGGACGGUUGCCCGGGCCAAAACCGGAAUAAUACCGUAAUAAGAUAUUUAUUAGCACUUGCAGCUUCAAAAAGAUUUCGCAAAAUUUAUCACUACCUCCCAUUGCGAGGUCACUCUUUUUUACCGUGCGACAGGGACUUCGGAUGUCUUAAGAGAGUGAUAAGAAAACAUGAUCGUAUAUAUCUUCCAGAAGAUUAUGAAAACAUGAUGCUCUCUUGCCGCAAAGUAAAGCCGUUUACUGUAUCAACAAUAUGUUAUAAAGAUAUAACUGAUUACAAAACUUGGUGGCCCAAAUAUUACAAAAAAACUCGUCAAUCUUCAGAUGAAAUAAAAUCCAAAUUUACACUAUCAAAUUACAGGCAGUUUACUUAUGAUAGUUCUACACCUGGAUACCUCAUCACUAGCGACUAUAUCGGAGGAUUUGUGUCGCAAUGUUUUAAAUUAAUCAAACCUAAAGCCAUGCCAACUUUACCAACUAACCCUGCAUAUUCAAAGACAUUACCAAUAAAUAUAAAGAAAAUUGAUAAUCUAAAAAAAGUCCUGCAAUAUAUGUCGUCAGAAAUAUUGGAAUUCUAUUACCAUAUUACUUCAUGGGAAACCACCAACGCUGAAUGUGAGGCAACUGAGGCGGACUAA